GAAGUUUUGAAUGUUCAUUGAUAGUUUGAUAUAUAGUGAAUCUGUAAUCUGGACCAUUGAAGAUAAUGGAGGAAGAUAAUGACAUGCAUCCAAUAUUCACUACAGAUCCAGAGGAAUGGAUGCAGUAUGUUUACAAAAAGGUCAGUAUUUUAUUGGAUAAUGGUGAAGAAUGCUGUGGUUACGUCUACACUGUAGAUCCCGUCUCGGAGACCUUUGUAAUCGUCAAUUUCACAGAAGAUGACAAGACAAAAAUACAGCUUGUCCUCAAACACGCUGUAACCUCUGUUACAGUUCUUAGUGAAGAUGUUGAACUGUUUAAACAGAAACUAGACAACUUGUUCAGACCUAAAGGUCAGGAAAGUUUAACAGAUGAAGAUUUAAAAAGGAGACAAAACCUUGUCAAAUCUUGGCUGUUGAAAAAUCGACUGCCAGUGGAGAUGAAUGGUGAAUUAUUGAGUGUUGCUGAAGCUCUGGUGAUACAGCCACCAUAUGAACCAGAAAACUGUGUCAGUACUAAUGAAAUAAUUCUUGGUAAAAUACAGGGACUGAUUAAAAACAUGCCUGCUGAUCAAGACCAGUGGUGAAGUGUAAUAUACUAAAAGAUUGUUACAAAUUAUGAAUAACAAGCCUUUUCAAACCAGAAUCUUCUUUGCUAUAAUGAAAUAAAUGUGUAUUGGAGAUGAAUAGAUGAUGAAUUCAGUGAAUAAACGUCCACAGUAAAAAAUAUCUGGCAUUAAUGGCCUACUGUUUUUUCUGACUAUUUACCUGAAAAUGCAAUGAAUAUGGAAGAACUUUUCUAACUUAUUAAUGUCUACAUAUUAAAUACAUUCAUUUUGUAACUUUGUAGUAAAAAAAAAAGAAGAUUUAAUUGA